AUGGUUUCAGAGUUCCUGUUUUGGAAGAUGCAUUUGUCUUAUGUUUUACUCAUUUUGUUUCCUCUUUACAAUGGUCUAAGUACCACCUGCCCCAGAAGAUGCAAUUGCGACUCUAUGCAGUCAGUGCAAUGCUACAGGGUCCUACAGGUACCUAGAGAGAUUCCUUCUACCACCAGGCGGCUUUACAUCAGCCACAGCAAAAUCAAACACCUCCAGAUCUCUGACUUCAGUAGAAUAUCUUGUCUGGAAGAGCUUAUCCUGUCUUGCAGUGGAACAGAAUCGGUAGAAGAUAACACCUUCAAAGCUCUGAGCACUUUGAAGAUCCUGGAACUCUGGAAGAAUAAACUAAGGCGCAUACCCACUUCCCUCCCAUCCAGCCUUGAAGUAUUAAAACUUGGUGACAAUUCAAUUAGUGUUCUGCAUGAGUCGGAUUUUGAAGGCUUAAAGAAAUUAAGGGUGCUUGACAUUCAAAACAACUUGAUUUUGGCAGUCUCUUUCAGCACACUUUCCUCCCUUUGCAGUUUACAGAGUCUGACUUUGGAUGGUAAUAAUAUGGAAUCUGUGUCUGGGCCCCGUAAGCUUCCCGAACUGAAGUAUCUGAGUAUGGAGAAUAACAAACUACAUUCUUUCUCAGGCAGCUUCUUUGCACCACUCCAACAUUUACAAUUUCUCAGAUUAACUGGCAACCUUCUGACCAAGGUCCCUCUUAACCUGCCGAAGUCCCUGCUUUCAUUAAAACUAGAGAGAAACCAACUCAAAAUUAUAAGAUUUCGAGACAUGAAACACCUGGAAAACCUGUCUGAGCUUUUCCUCUCUGAAAAUCAGCUCUCAUCAGUUGAUGGUGCCCAGCUUCUUCCUAACUUAACCACCCUGGAGCUGUCCAGGAACCACCUCCAAACCAUGCCACUCAGACUAUCAACCAGACUACAGAAACUUGACUGUAGCAAUAACUUCAUUCAGAGAGUGACAGCCCAGGGCUUCCAGGAUCUACGAGACCUCAAGCAUUUGUUUCUCGACAACAACACUGUCAGCACAUUUGAGGCUGGAGCGCUUCAUGCAUGCGCACAGCUAUCUAACCUAGCCCUGGAACAAAACCUGCUUAUUUCUAUUCCAUUAAGACUUCCAGAUACUCUAGCCAGGUUGGAUCUAAAAGGAAAUGACAUACAGGAUGUUGGAGAACGAGAGCUAAAGGACUUGAAACAGCUCCAGGUUUUAAAUCUACGGAACAACAAGAUAUCUGCCUUGGAUCGCAAAGUCCUGGAAAAUUUGCCUCGUCUCAGGUAUCUGUAUUUGGAUGGAAACCCUUGGAAUUGCACCUGCGACCUUCUGAGAACCAGAAGAGCACUGAUGGCCAAAGGGACAGAUGUCAGAGGAGGACAGUGUGCAGCACCAGCAGAAAGCCAAGGCGAAAGCUGGAUGUCUUCCAAAAAGAUUCUGCAGCGGUGUGAAGACCACCUCUCUUCAGCUGAACGAGGCAAAGAGGUCAGAAAAAAAAUGAAGACUGAUGACCUCUCCAGUGAAGGUGUAAACAUGGAUGAUGAUUAUUAUGAUUAUGAAAUAGAUUAA